AUGGAUAUUGUUAAACAAUGUAAAAAUUUACUGUUAUUCAUCAAAAGAAUCAGAAAGAUAGUUUUUGAUAAAUUCACAGCUAAAGACAAAGAAAUUUGGGUGAAACGCUUAACGAAACAAAUCAAAACUUGUAAUAAAGAAAGGGACUCCGGUUUUGCAUUAAAUAGAAUUGUAUCUUUAGAAGUAAAUAUUAAUCGAUAUGAAAUUGGAAAUGGUUCCUCGUAUAUUAAACUUCCUGAGAGUAUUCAAAAAAAGCGUGCUUGUAUUAAUGUAAAAAAUUCUGAUCAAGCAUGUUUUUAUUGGGCAAUAGUUAGUGCCCUCUAUCCAGCUAAAGCACAUAAAGAACUCCCAUCCUCAUACCCAUGGUACAGUACAGUACUAAAAACAGAAGACCUAGAGGCACCAAUGCCGUUACAUCAAAUUUCAAAAUUUGAAAAAUUAAAUAAUAUAUCAGUCAAUGUAUUUGCUUUAGAAUUAAUAGAAAAUAAUGAAAAGUCAUUUUUCACAGUAUAUCCAGCUAGAUUAACUAAAACAGUCGUUGCCAAACAUGUAAAUCUUCUUUUAAUUCAGAAUCACUAUUUUCCUAAAUUAAACGAUUAUGAAGCACCUCCAGUGGAUAAUGAUAAUUCAGAAAUUAAGUACCACUACUGCCACAUUACGGAUAUGUCUAAAUUAGUUGCUGGAGCCUCUUUAGAUGAAUUGGUCUCAACAUUAAAUAAAAAUGACUUUAAAAUUUGCAAGCGAGAAUUUAGCAGGUUAAGUGACGAUGAAUUUAAAUUAAUAACUAAAAAAGGGGUAUUUUGCUAUGAUUUUAUUGAUUCUUGGGAAAAAUUAAACAUUACCGAUUUACCUCCAAUAGAGGCAUUUUAUAAUAAGCUAAACGAUACGAAUCUUACAGAUGAGAAGUAUGCUCAUGCUAAAAUAGUUUGGGAUACCUUUAACAUUGAAAAUUUAGGUCAAUAUUCAGAUUUGUACUUAAAAACCGAUAUUGUGCUUUUAGCAGAUGUUUUUGAAACUUUCCGCAAAAAAUGUUUUAUAACUUAUGGGUUAGAUCCAGCCUGGUACUACACAAUGCCCGGUUAUUCUUGGGAUUGUAUGUUGAAAUACGUGGGGUGUAACCUCGAGUUAUUGCGUGACGUUGACAUGAUACUAUUUAUGGAGAAAGCAAUUCGUGGAGGAAUUUCAGUAUGUAGCGGUAGAAUGUCGGAGGCCAAUAAUAAGUACAUGUCUAAUUAUGACCCCGCACAGCCCUCAAAAUACUUAAUGUAUUUUGAUGUCAAUAAUUUAUAUGGGUGGGCUAUGGGAGAACCCUUGCCCUACGGAGGGUUCGAAUGGAUGGAUGCCAAAGACAUUGAUGUUAUGUCUGUACCUGAUGACUCUCCCGUAGGGUACAUGUUACAAGUUGACUUGGACUAUCCUCGCCAAUUACAUGAUCUGCACUCAGAUUUUCCAUUCGCUGCCGAACACCGCAAAGCUUUGGGUUCAAAUCAUACUAAACUAAUGACAACACUUUAUAAUAAAAAAGAAUAUAUCCAGUCUGCGUGGCUACGACCCUACAUAGAAUUAAAUACUCGACUUAGAGCUGCAGCUACGAACGAUUUUGGAAGAAAUUUAUACAAAUUGGCCAAUAAUAGUGUAUUUGGAAAGACUAUGGAGAAUAUAAGGAAACAUAGAAUAGUAAAACUAGUCAGAUCAUGGAAUGGGCGAUAUGGUGCUAAAAAUUUAAUUUCUAGUGCCAGGUUUCAUAGCAGAAAGAUAUUUAAUGAAAAUUUAGUAGCUAUAGAACUGAUUAAAUCAGAUCUAGUUUUUAAUAAACCCUUAUACAUUGGCAUGACUGUUUUAGAUAUAUCAAAAUUAUGUAUGUACCAAUUUCAUUACGACUAUAUGCUUCCAAAAUUGGGCGCAGAUAAAUGUAAUUUAAUGUAUAUGGAUACCGAUAGCUUUAUUUAUGAACUGUACUGUCAUGAUGCAUAUGAGGAAGUAAUAAAACAAGAUCUAUCAAAAUUUGAUACAUCCGAUUACGCUGUAGAUAAUAUCUAUAAUAUUCCUCGCGUAAAUAAAAAAGUUUUAGGAGUAAUGAAAGAUGAAAAUAAAGGAGAAAUUAUGACAAAAUUUGUGGGAUUACGAUCAAAAAUGUAUACUUUUAAAGUUCAAUCUGGUCGAAUCACUAAAAAAGCAAAAGGGACUAAAUAUAAUAUAGUAAAAAAUGUUAUAAAAUUCGAUGAUUAUGUAAACUGUUUAAAUGAUUUUAAGGAACAAACUGCUACUCAACACUCCAUUCGGUCAUAUAGCCAUAACGUCUAUAGUAUAGAACAAACAAAAAUUGCGCUAAGUCCUUAUGACGAUAAAAGAUAUUUAAUUCCAAAUAGUUUUAGAACCCUACCAUUGGGACAUUACAGUAUUUUAGAAUAG